AUGAGGAGGGACGAGCGAGACGCCAAAGCCAUGCGGUCCCCGCCGCCGCCGGACGGGGCCGCCUCGCCCCCCGAGAGUGUGAGGAACGGCUACGUGAAGGGCUGCGUGAGCCCCCUGCGGCAGGACCCUCCGCGCGGCUUCUUCUUCCACCUCUGCCGCUUCUGCAACGUGGAGCUGCUGCUGCCGCCGCCCGCCUCCCCUCAGCAGCCGCGCCGCGGCUCCCCCUUCUCCCGGGCGCGCCUCUCGCUGGGCGCCUUGGCCGCCUUUGUCCUCGCCCUGCUGCUCGGCUCGGGGCCCGAGAGCUGGGCUGCCGGGGCCGCCCGGUUGCGGACCCUGCUGAGCGUCUGCUCGCACAGCCUCAGCCCCCUCUUCAGCAUCGCCUGUGCCUUCUUCUUCCUCACCUGCUUCCUGACCCGGACCAAGCGGGGCGCCGGGCCGGGCCGGAGCGGCGGCGGCUCCUGGUGGCUGCUGGCACUCCCCGCCUGCUGUUACCUGGGGGACUUCUUGGUGGGGCAGUGGGAAUCCUGGCCUCGGGGGGACGGAGACGCCGGGGCCCCGGUCCCGCACACACCCCCAGCGGUGGCGGGCCGGUGGUUCUUGGUGCUGAGCUGCGUGGGCUUGCUGACGCUCGCGCAGCCGGGGAGACUCCGGCACAGCAUCGUGGUGCUGCUCUUCUCCAGCUUCGUCUGGUGGGUGUCCUUCACGAGCCUUGGGGCGCUGCCUCCAGCCCUCCGGCCCCUGCUGUCCUGCCUGGUGGGGGGCGUCGGCUGCCUGCUGGCCCUGGGGCUGGAUCACUUCUUUCAAAUCAGGGAAGCUCCCCAGCAACCUCAGUUGUCCAGUACCGCGGAAGAAAAAGUGCCUGUGAUCAGACCCCGGAGGAGGUCCAGCUGCGUGUCAUUCGGAGAAACUUCAGGCGGUUACUAUGGCAGUUGCAAAAUGUUCAGGAGACCUUCUUUGCCUUGCAUCUCGAGAGAACAGAUGAUUCUUUGGGAUUGGGACUUAAAGCAGUGGUAUAAACCUCACUAUCAGAUUUCUGGAGGUGGAAGUGGAGUUGAUCUUUCAGUGCUAAAUGAGGCUCGCAAUAUGGUGUCAGAUCUUCUGGUUGACCCCACCCUUCCUCCACAAGUCAUUGCUUCCCUACGGAGUAUCAGUAGCUUGAUGGGUGCUUUCUCAGGCUCCUGUAGGCCAAAGAUUAAUCCCCUCACACCAUUUCCUGGAUUUUAUCCCUGCUCUGAGAUAGAGGACCCCGCUGAGAAAGGAGAUCGAAAACUUCACAAGGGGCUGAACAGUAGGAAUAGUUUACCAACCCCUCAUCUGAGGAGGAGCUCAGGAACCUCAGGUCUGCCACCUGUCGACCAGACUUCUCCAAGGUGGGAACGCAAUAAUGGCAAACGGCCUCACCAAGAAUUUGGCAUUUUAAGUCAAGGAUGCUAUCUAAAUGGGCCUUUUAGUUCAAAUCUACUGACAGUCCCGAAGCAAAGGUCAUCAUCUGUAUCGUUAACUCACCAUGUAGGUCUAAGAAGAGCUGGUGGUUUACCAAGCCUGAAUUCAACCAGUCAUGGACCAGUGUCUGCUGGCUCUCCAACUAACCGAUCACCUAUAGAAUUUCCUGAUACUGCUGAAUUUCUUACUAAACCACCUGUCAUUUUACACAAAUCUUUGAGCAGUACACCCAAUUCACCAGAUUUUUAUCAGCAGUUUAGAAAUUCUGAUAGCAAUUUAUGUAACAGCUGUGGACAUCAAAUACUGAAAUAUGAUUCAGCAUCUGAACCAGAGUCUGGUACAGACUGCCACAGGGAAAAGUCAGGUGACGAAGACAAUACCAUUUUCUCAAAAGCAUCAUUCAACCUUACCGAAGCUCAACAAGAAGUGGAAACAGAGAGCAGAGACUGCCGAAAAUUACUUUGCGAAGGUGAUGAUCACCUAAAAGCAGCCGCACGGAAUGAAGAGCAACCAAAUAUUGAACAAGAAGCAUCACAGGAUCUGAUUUUAUUAGAAGAUUAUGACUCAUUAAUAGAAAAUAUGAGUAACUGGAAUUUUCAAAUUUUUGAACUUGUAGAAAAGAUGGGAGAGAAAUCAGGAAGGAUCCUCAGUCAGGUUGUGUAUACCUUAUUUCAAGACACUGGCUUAUUGGAGAUAUUUAAAAUUCCCACUCUACAAUUUAUGAACUACUUUCAUGCUUUAGAAAAUGGUUAUCGAGACAUUCCUUAUCACAAUCGCAUACAUGCCACAGACGUCCUACAUGCUGUUUGGUAUCUGACAACACGGCCUAUUCCUGGCCUGCAGCAGGUCCACAGUGAUCAUGGAGCAGGAAAUGAAACAGCAAUUAACCCUGAGCGAAUUGCUUACAUUUCUUCGAGGAGCUGCUCGAUUCCAGAUGAGAGCUACGGCUGCCUUUCUUCGAACAUUCCUGCGCUAGAAUUGAUGGCUCUGUAUGUGGCAGCUGCCAUGCAUGACUAUGACCAUCCAGGACGGACAAAUGCGUUCCUAGUGGCUACCAAUGCCCCUCAGGCAGUCUUAUACAACGACAGAUCUGUUUUGGAAAAUCAUCAUGCUGCAUCAGCCUGGACUCUGUAUCUUUCUCGUCCAGAAUACAACUUCCUUCUUAAUCUUGACAAUGUGGAAUUCAAGCGCUUUCGUUUUUUAGUCAUAGAAGCAAUCCUUGCCACAGAUCUUAAAAAGCAUUUUGAUUUCCUUGCUGAAUUCAAUGCCAAGGCCAAUGAUGUAAAUAGUAACGGUAUAGAAUGGAGUAAUGAAAAUGAUCGCCUCUUAGUGUGCCAGGUGUGCAUCAAACUGGCAGAUAUUAAUGGCCCGACCAAAGUUCGAGACUUGCAUUUGAAAUGGACAGAAGGCAUUGUCAAUGAAUUUUAUGAGCAGGGAGAUGAAGAAGCAAAUCUUGGUUUGCCCAUCAGUCCCUUCAUGGAUCGUUCUUCUCCUCAACUAGCAAAACUCCAGGAAUCUUUUAUCACCCACAUAGUGGGUCCCCUGUGUAACUCCUAUGAUGCUGCUGGUCUGCUACCGGGUCAGUGGAUAGAAUCAGAAGAGGACGAUGAUACUGAAAGUUGUUAUGAAGAAGAAGAUGCUGAAGAAUUAGAUACAGAGGAUGAAGAAAUAGAGGACACUCUAAAUCCUAAACCACAAAGACGGAAAGGCAGACGGCAAAUAUUUUGUCAGCUAAUGCACCAUCUCACCGAAAACCACAAGAUAUGGAAGGAAAUCAUAGAGGAAGAGGAGAAAUGUAAAGCUGAUGGGAAUAAACUGCAGGUGGAGAAUUCUUCCUUACCUCAAGGAGAUGAGAUUCAGGUCAUUGAAGAAGCAGAUGAAGAGGAAGAGAGACAGUUGGAAUAAAAGAAGAGGCAUGUGGAAGAAGUGCCUUGGGCCAUGCCUUAUGUCGAUGUCAUUGCCCAGUGCUCACCACCGCUCCUAGGUCGACAGGCCCUAACACUGUGAGAGGAUCCUUGCUGUGCCAGCAUUUCCCACUCCCAUGCACUUUUUCACCACACGGACGAAAAGUAUCCUUAAGAGCUUGGUUUCAGUUGACUUGUGUUGCCAAGCCCAUACUUAG